CGCGGUUAUUCAAGCUGGUCAAGUGAACGCGCGUUUACGAAUGGCCCACAGGAAGCCGCGCAAUGGUUGAUGCGCCCACUGACUGCACAUUAUCUUCAGAAAAAAAGGAGAUGGUUGAUCGGCUAUAUGUUAAAUUGCAAGAUUUAAAUCAUGAUCAGAGCUCUUCGAGGCCAAAUCUCAUACGGUGGCUGCGUUCACGAAACUGGAACGAGGCCGAAGCGGAAAAAAUGCUUCGUGCACAUAUCUCCUGGCGGCGUGAGCAUGAGAUCAGUGAUCAGCAAGUCCCAGUCCUCUGGACAGGGCCUUUCCGUCUGCGGGCGCCUACAGAGCAUCCCAAAUCCGUAGACACUAUCCUUUCUUGGUAUCGGAUGCCGGAAGUGAUUGACAAGUAUUUUCCAGGAGGGAUAUGCGGUGAGGACAAGGAAGGGAGGCCUCUUUUCAUCGCACCUAUAGGUCGUGUUGAUCCGAAGAGCUUUCUCAAAGCAACCAACCGGUUAGAAUUCCUGCAAAGUCGCAUAUUUCAAAUGGAACACAUACUGCAUGUCACACUCCCAGAAGCAACUGCACGUGCUGGAAAGGAGAUUGAUCAGCUGACCGUCAUAAUGGAUAUGCAAGGCCUUGGAUUAAAACACCUAUCGCCAUCAUGGCUCUCUCUUGUCGGCGAAGCAGUGACUGUCAUUGAAUCAAAUUACCCGGAAGUCUUGGGAGCCUGUUUCGUCAUCAAUGCCCCACCCCUUUUCAGCAGGCUGUACAGCUUCGUCAAACCACUUCUCAGUAAAGCUACACAAGAAAAAGUGCAGAUUCUGUUGGUCACGUCGCUGUUCCUGAAUUCCAUGUUAAGUACUGCAGUUGUGUUGCUCAUGGGGAUGAUGAACACGCCUAACAGACUAUCACUGAAUUUCAUCUUCCCUUCGUUUUCCUCAACACAAAUGUACGAUUAACUCUCAAAAAACGAUUGUGUUGUGUUUUAAAGCGUCGUGUCGCUGGCAGCCGAUUCUGUGUAUAUGCGGUAAUUACUUCACACCUCAUCACAACCGAUCNGUUGUGUUUUGAAGCGGCUUUCCGCGGGCAGCCGAUUCUGUGUAUAUGCGGUAAUUACUUCACACCUCAUCACAACCGAUCCGCGUCAGGCAGUUUCCACAUGAUGCCUAUCCAGCAGCCAGUUUUCUACCCGGACACGAGUUGCAAACUGGGCUGGCCUGUUUGAAGAGUGUUGUGAAUUAACAUCCAUGAACCUACCAUGCAGCGAACAGAAACAUCUUUGUCCAUUGUCGUUCCUUCUAUACCAACAGGGACGCGCUACUGCCCCCAAUUAUCCCAACGAUACACAUUCUCGGUGAUAGUAUGACUUCCCCCAACCCUGGCACAACCUUUCUCUCUUGUCCUUGCUAUCUGUUCCAGUUUACUGAUGAUAGUCUUUGAUUUUUUCGACCUAGCUACCCAACGGAAACUGUCGAUUUGUCUGUUUUGACGAAUGUGACGAACGUUAUAAAUUAUGCCACUCUGGUUUCACAUCUUAUGUGUUGUCUGUCAGCUGGAUCACAAACAGCCGCUCCAUAGGCCUGUAUCGCCUGAGCUUCUGGACGAUUUCACCCCGACGUUCCAGGCGUGUUUCUGCAUCCUGACGACCUCUAUACACACACACAUGCACACAAAAUCGUUCUGUCUGCAGUUUUUGAUGACUAUGAUAUUCGUGCACUGUCUUUCCGGUAUCCAGUGGUUGCCACUGUCACCGAUCCCUUUCUGACGGAUAUUCUGGCUGGGUUGUUUGUAGGAUUGUGUGGAGCUGCUUUCCCUCUUUCUCUCAACUUGCAGACCGCUCCUUGUUUCACUAAAAGUAGGCUAAUUUCUUAUGGACCGAUGGCACCCGUGGUU